AUGACAUCAGAGACUGCAGCACGCAGCGCGGCGCCGUCUCAGAGAGUCUGCAUGUGGAUGCCCCUGGCUCCUCCCACAUGUCAAGUCACAGCAGGGAGCUGCGCAUCCUGAGCGUUUACGGACAAGGGGAGGGCCCACUGGCGGUGGACGGCCAUGACACCCUCUUUGCCGCGUCAGAACUGGAGGCCUUGAGCUCGCUGUCCGCUGACCACAGCGUGGCCAAGAGCCUGAACUGCAGCGUGAGGCUUGUCCGCCUUGAGGAGCUGACUGGGCAUCAGGGCGGCCGCAAGGGCCGGCCCGGUGUCUUGUGUGGAAAGGUUAUUCCCAACAAUGCCAAUAUGAUCGUCCACAUGAGGACUCACUCUGGGGAGAAGCCCUACAAGUGUGACCAUUGCAUGAAGCGCUUCAGUCACAAAGGCAACCUGAAUAUCCACCUGAGGACUCACUCUGGGGAGAAGUCCUACAAGUGUGACCAAUGCAUGAAGUGCUUCCGUCAUGGCUCCUCCCUGAAGUUCCACAAGUCGACUCACUCUGGGGAGAAGCCCUACAGGUGUGACCAAUGCACGAAGCGCUACCAUCGGAAAUGCGACCUGGAGAUCCACCUGAGGACUCACUCCGGUGAGAAGCCCUACAAGUGUGACCAAUGUACGAAGCGCUUCAAUCAGACAAGGAACCUGAAGAUCCACAUGAGAACUCACUCCGGCGAGAAGCCCUACAGGUGCGACCAUUGCACGAAGGGCUUCAGUCAGACAAACCACCUGAAGAUCCACAUGAGGACUCACUCCGGCGAGAAGCCCUACAGGUGCGACCAAUGCUCGAAGGGCUUCAGUCAGACAAGCCACCUGAAGAUCCACAUGAGAACUCACUCCGGCGAGAAGCCCUACAGGUGCGACCAAUGCACGAAGGGCUUCUGUCGGACAAGCCACCUGAAGCGCCACAUGAGGACUCACUCCGGGGAGAAGCUCUACCAGUGUGACCAAUGCAGUAAGCGCUUCAGUCGGAGAGAUGCCCUAAAGAGCCACCUGAGGUCUCACUCUGGGGAGAAGCCCUGCGUGUGUCUGCAGUGCAACGCCAGCUACAGCGACCCACGCACUUUGCGUGUGCACAUGCUCAAGCACCGUUUGGCACGGGUUAACAGGACGCUUUGAUUGAGACCUCUGUCCUGUAUUGGUUGAAAUUACUACUUUUUGUUUUUCUUUUCAUCACGAUUAAACGCUUUCAACUUUUGAUUCGCUUUCUGUUUUUAUUA